AACAUCGACGUUGUUUGGAAAGUACGCGUCGUUGUGUUGUUUAUAUUCAAAAAAUGAAUUUGCCGGUCCGCAAGUGCUAUCAUGCGGCAAAAAUAGCUUUCUUUAUUAUAUUAGUUGUGACAAUUUUAACGUUAUUCGAACACUGGCGUGGCGGGAAACGAACAGCGGGCGCUCAAACUUACGAUCCAGAUUAUGAGUAUGAAAAAGAAAUUAUUGAAGACGAGGCUAGAAUUAUACCUGGUUUGGGCGAGGGUGGUGUGGCUGCACAUUUGGUCGGUGAAGCGAAACGUCUAGGCGAGGAGUCGGAGAAGAAAUUGGCUAUAAACGUUUAUUUAAGCGAUCGGAUCGCGUACAAUCGAACUUUAAAAGAUUACCGAAACCCUGCAUGUAAGAGAGUUGUUUAUGACGCUGAACUGCCAUCAGCUUCAGUCAUCCUGAUAUUCCACAAUGAACCUUACUCUGUGGUUAUCAGGACCAUAUGGAGUGUCCUGAAUAGUGCAAGGCGAGACCAACCCUGGUAUUCUAAAGCUAAUUAUGUAGAUAGGGCGACGGGGCAAACUAUGAAACUUGGUUACCCAGGUCAAGACCCAAAAUCACCCUAUGUGUAUCUAAAGGAAAUAAUUUUAGUUGACGAUAACUCUACCCUGCCGGAGUUAAAGGGUAAACUGAGUCAUUAUGUGCGGUCACGUCUACCGCCUGAUCUUAUACGUAUACUCCGGUUACCCGAUCGCGUGGGGCUUACAAGAGCCAGACUAGCAGGCGCGAGAUAUGCAGCAGGCGAUGUCCUAGUGUUCCUAGAUUCUCAUUGCGAAACGCAAGCAGAUUGGUUAAGACCGCUCUUGCAAAGGAUCAAAGAUUCCUCGCACGCAGUUGUUGUGCCAAUUAUCGAUGUUAUCGAGGCGUCAAACUUCUACUACAGCGUCCAGGAUCCUGUAACCUUUCAGGUGGGUGGCUUCACAUUUAUGGGGCAUUUCACUUGGAUCGAUGUACCGGAAAGAGAGAAGAAAAGACGCGGCUCGGAUAUAGCGCCGACAUGGUCUCCGACAAUGGCAGGGGGAUUGUUCGCAAUCAAUCGGGCAUACUACUGGGAACUAGGCGCUUAUGAUGAACAAAUGGCUGGUUGGGGAGGCGAGAACUUGGAAAUGUCGUUCCGAAUUUGGCAAUGUGGGGGUACGUUGGAGACGAUCCCUUGCUCCAGAGUUGGUCACGUCUUCCGGAGCUUCCAUCCAUAUGGUCUACCAGCACAUACUGAUACGCACGGUAUAAACACGGCGCGUAUGGCAGAAGUGUGGAUGGACGACUACGCUGAACUCUUCUACUUGCACCGGCCCGACUUGAGAAAAAAUCCGAAAAUAGGAGACGUCACACAUCGCCGUGUGCUCCGCGAAAAGUUGAAGUGCAAGAGUUUCCAGUGGUAUCUCGAGAACGUUUACAAGGAGAAAUUUGUUCCAGUUCGAGAUGUCUUUGGAUUUGGCAGGUUCCGCAACGCGGCCAGUGGGUUGUGUCUCGACACAUUACAACGGGAGGGGGAGGCGGCGGCUCUGGGGGUGUACUCGUGCCACGCGCGGUUAGAGCCCACCCAACACUUCGCUCUGUCGCUGCGUGGCGAGCUACGGGACGAGGAAAAGUGCGCUGAAGUGCAGUACAAGAGGCACGCAGGAGUGGUAGGCGAAGAUGUCAGCAGACGCGUUCUUAUGGUGACUUGUCACGGGAAGCAGCGUGGACAGAAAUGGCGCUACUUGCCCAGUAAGCAGCUGCAGCACGUGGACAGCGGGCUCUGUCUAACAGUAGCGGCGGGCGAGGACGCGCGCGCGCAGCGCUGCAGCGACAGCGGGGCGCAGCGCUGGGACAUCGACUACAGCGAGCUUAACGACUUCAAACUGGCGGAUAGUCCGGAACCGAGCGAAAAGGAGAUCAAACUGCGGAGGUUAAGAGGACAACGAAGAGUCUCCCGCUCUCUCCUCUACCACGAGGAACCCUCACGUCGUAAACACAAUAAACGUAAGAACAAACACAAGAGCAAAAAAAAUAAGUUUAUAUUGAAGCUAGUUCGUGAAGCAAAUGGGACAGAAGAUCACCUGGAAGUCGAUGUGUACUGCAAGCAUAAGAGGCUGUUCCCCAACAACAGCUUUGUAAGAGAUCUGGUGACCAUCCUCAAUGAGAAGGAUAUCAAGGUGAUCAACAACGGGCGUGUUUUUGAACACAAUAAAGUGUCGGAUCUUGACAAACGCGAACAUUCUCCGCCGGAACCAGAGCACGAGGCACCGAAACAUCAAAAGAAACAUAAACACAAGAAACACAAAACCGAGCCCUUAGAACAUAUGAACGCAGCGGAUAUCGCCAAUAUCGCAGAUAUCGCCAAUUCCGCCAAUAUUGCCAAUACCGCCAUCGAGAGGCAGAAACAGGAACCGGAAGAGAAAAAGAUUAUCAUAGAAGACUUUGUAGAAGUGACUCCCAAAGUCACUACUCAGCGCGUCUCAAAGAAGCGGAAAAGAGUUAAAUCAAGAGGAAGAGUGAAGACGACCAAGACUCCUACCACGCCAUCCGACUGGGAGUCACUCCACGUAGAUAAAACAUCAUCGAUCGAGGACACUCCGAUGCUCGCGAGCGUUGAGAUGAGGGAUUCGGUCGAGAACCGAGCAGUGGAGAAAAACAUCCAACGUCGUAACAACACGAUUGGGCGCAGAAAAGACGAGCACUCCGAUACGUCAGACGAGACGAGCGACCCCCCCUCCGUGGCGCCAGUCAAGGUCGUGAUGAGGAGCAACCUCACCUUCAACUUCGGAGACGAAUUCUUCCGCUGGCGGAAACGAACCGCGGACGAUGUCGCCAAUCUACUCGGUGAGCUAAUUAUACCGAUAAGCACGCCCACACCCGAACGACGUCGCGCCGAUACUGAAGAUAUGGUGACAGAGAGUGAGAGGGAAGAUACCGUGAGUGAAAGAGAUAGAAGUAUAGCGUUGUCUCGGACUGAUAGAGAUACUUCUGAAUCGGAUAGUGAUAGUUCUGAUUAA